CUUCUUGAUGUCUGUCUCUCUCGCUCGGCCCGGUCCAGUUAAAAGGCAUCGUUCUUUCUCUAGCUCGGCUCCUUCUUAGAGGCAAAGCCGCGCGGUUCUCGCAGCCUCCAAAAGCGGCCCGUAAGACAAGCUCGGAAACUACGCCUCCCGGCAUGCCUCGCGCUCCUCCCUUACCCAGCAGCUCUAGCGGCGGAGCCGACGACCGGAGCUCUCUCCUGAGCCUCAAGAGCAGCUUUGGAAACUUUCGCUUCUCAGCCGGAACUUGAUUCGCCACCGGCGCGAGAGGCAUGGAAGCGGCGGCGGCGCAUUGCUCCCUGCGCGUGCAGCGGAGUCUGCUGGAUCCCAAGUUCGAGGGCUACAAGCUCUCCCUGGAGCCGCUGGCCUGUUACCAAGUGCCGCUCGAGUCGCCGGUAGCAGAAGUCAGACUUCGAGAUGAGCAGUACACCUUGGAACACAUGCGUGCCUUUGGCAUGUACAAUUACCUGCAGCUGGAUUCCUGGCACCAAGAUAACGUUUACUACAUUGAUCAGCUUGGAAGAGUCAUGAAUUUAUCUGUUGCUCUGGAUACUGCUUUGAAAAAGCCGCGAGAAGUGUUUAGGCUUCCUGCAGACUUGACAGCUUGUGAUAAUCGACUUUGUGCGUCGAUGCAUUUUGCGUCUUCUGCCUGGGUAACUCUUUCCGAUGGAACGGGGAGGCUGUAUCUGAUCCGAACAGGCAAGCGUGGAGAAGAUGCCUGUGAAAAAUGGGAAAUAUUAUUCAAUGAAGAAUUCGAGAGUCCCUUUGUUAUUGUCCACAGCGUCUCCUUUGUGAAGGCCAAUUCACAUUCUGUAGGUGUACUGCUGCUGCGAGUGGAGAAGGACGAAUUGGACGUGCAUGGCAGCGGCUUCCACGUCUCAUUGGAGUGGGUUACAAUUAGGGAGGCGGUGAAAGAGGGUGUCCUGGAGUAUGAGGUUUCAAUGCGUCAGGUUCUUCAAGGAAAGUCAGUUCCUCACUAUGCAGCUAUAGAACCCAGCGGUGAUGGUCUGAUGGUUAUCUCUUACAAACCCUUCACGUUUAUAAGCUGUGAUAACAAAGAUGAGGAAAGCAAAAAGGAGAAGGAGGAAGAAAAAAAGAAAGAUCCCCUCUACUACUGGCAACAAAGUGGAGAUGAUUUGACAGUCACUUUUCGGCUACCGGAAGAGUUCACAAAGGAGGACAUACAAGUUCGCUUUUCUUCGGAUAGUAUCAGUGUGGCACUGAAAGAUCCACUCCUACCUGUGUUGGAAGGAACCCUUUAUUCAUCAAUUGACCAUGAAAGCUCAACAUGGAUAAUUAAAGAAAAUAACAGUUUGGAGAUUUCCUUGAUGAAGAAGGAAGAAGGAUGUAUGUGGCCAGAGCUGAUUGUUGGUGAUUCACAGGGUGAAUUAAUCAUGGACCCUGCCCAGAGUGAAGCGAUAGCCAAGCGUCUGAUGCAUCUUACCUCUGAUGAAAUGAAUCCAGACUCUACCAGAGAAAACCCUCCAUGUAAUGCUCAGGAGCUGGAAGAAUGUGAUAUGUUCCUUGAAGACAGCACAAGUUUGUGCAGAUUUGAUGGUAACACCCAGAAGGUCACCCAUGUGGUCAAUCUUGGGAGCAACCAGUAUCUCUUCUCAGCGGUGGUGGAUCCCAAGGAAAUGCCCUGUUUUUGCUUGCGCCAUGAUGUUGACGCUCUUCUCUGGCAGCCACGCCCAGAUUGGCAGGACAUGUGGGAGCAUGUUUCUACUUUCAAUGCCUUAGGUUAUGUGCAAGCAUCCAAACAAGACAAGAAAUUCAUGGCCUGCGCCCCGAACCAUUCCUAUUCUGCUCUCUGCGAGUGCCUGAGGCGAGUGUUUAUCUAUCGGCAGCCGACUCCUCUUUCCACCGUCCUCUACAACAGAAAAGAAGGAAGACAAGUAGGGCUAGUUGCCAAACAGCUGGUAGCGACUCUGGAAACCCACGACCCAGUUUUGGGGUUUCAAGCAACAAACGAAAGAUUAUUUGUUCUCACAGCAAAAAUCCUGUUUAUAAUAAAAGUAAGCACUGAGAAUUGAAGGCCAAAAAUCUAUCCCAUUGACUUCUCUGCUUUCGACUUGCAGCUCAAAAUAAUGACUUUAUAAAUGCAUUGGAAAGUACAAUGGCAUAUUGGUGCAAAAGCAACAUGUCACAUGUACUAUUAUUUUAACAGCAUGAUCAGUUGUAUGUUAGAAUUUGCCUAUACUUAAGAAGGACAAAAAAUCCAGCUUUAAGCAUCAGUAAUAUGUUGUAUUUGUUGGAAGCCUUAAUCUAAUGUUAUGAGAAAUGUUUCUUUUCCCAUUCUCUUUCAACCCUUUUCAGUGGGCAGGAUCUAGAUGUGCAAAAUGAUUUAUUUGCUGGUUUUUUUACGAACAGAUUUCCACUAUAACUCUUUAAAAAUAAAAUGGAAGUAGCUAGUCUUUUAUUUUCAUAGAAUCUAUCCUACUAAGGUAAAAAAAAACAAACCGAGUCCCUGUUUAAAAAAACAAACUAGAAAAAUAUCCCAGAUAAUUAAAUUGUAACCUAAAGUGUACGAAAACUCCCCCGCCACCCACCCACGUUAUGUUUCACUUCUUCUUAAAUGGCUUCACUUGGCUCAUUGAACAAAUGAGGAGGAAUAUGAACAUCAGCUUGGCUCAGGCAUCUUUUUAAUUGAAGCUAAGCCCAUCUCAUUAUUUGUAAUGGUGGUGAUCAGACUGGGUUGUAUUCUGGUUUCCGAUGAAAAUCUACAGGCAUUUUAGAAAUAAAAUAGGAUGUUUUUUUCAA